AUGUUAAUAAUUAUAUAUGUACACUUUUAUGGAUAUUCACUUACAAUCGCUGAUAAUUUGAUCAACCAACUAAUAAUUAAUAACAAUGAAGAAUAUGGAAAGUUGAUAUGGGGAAAUGAAUCAUACAGACAAUCUGAUCAUUAUUAUUAUACACAAUUGACUAGAGUUGAUCAAUUAUCCCCUAUACUAUUUCAUAAAUUGAAUACAAGUUUAAUUUCGGAAAUAUCAUAUCAAAAUGUCAAUACUUCGUUUCCAAUAAAAUAUUAUGGUAUACCAUAUCAUUCAGUAAAUGUACUAUCAAAAGGUAUUGUAGGUAUUGGCAAAUCAUUUCGUCAUUCUGGUGCGAUGAAAAAAAUUGAAGUUUUCAAUGGAAUGGAUAAAGAAGGAGGAGUAGAGAUAAUUAAUACUGAUAAAUAUUUGGCUAUAAGAUGGAUUAAUUUAAGUAUGUCUGCUUUGCACGACGAUGAACCGGAGGAGUAUGCCAUAGUGGUUUGUAUUAUCUACUCAAACGGAAAUAUAUCCGUAUAUUUUGAGAACAUACCAACAGAAUUCGGUAAGAAUGCCGCCAUAUUAACCAUUUCAGAUGGUUAUGACUAUGCUACAUCUAAUGCAAGUGGACUAUAUAUCAUUAAAACGUCGUACAGCAAGAUUAAAACCCCUGAAAAUAUGAUAAGAUCUGGAACGUUGGUUGAAUUCACUCCAAAUACAAUUUGUUCAGAACAAAAACUUUGUGAGACAUGUAUGAAUGCUUCAUCUUUAAAUGCAAAAUGUUACUGGUGUCCAAUUAUCAAUAGAUGUAGUCAUGGAUAUGAUAUUCACAGACCAUUAUGGAUGUUAAAAAGCUGUUAUAUUAAAAAUACUACAAAUUGUCAAGAGUCGACCACUUCAGUGUACACACAAGAUUAUGAGUUGAACAACAGCAUAUGGACCACUAAUCAGUAUUCGGACACUUUUCUGAAUUACAAUCUUACAGAUCGUACAACAACAACAACAACUGUAGAACAACCGUAUAACAACAACAUCAAUCGUACAACAACUGACUUAUUAACUACAGAUUAUUCAUUGAACUCAAAAGCUAUGAAAAGUCGAUUUGCAACUAAUCAACUUUCAUCAUUUAUCUCAAAUAAUAGUCGUAAUCUAGAUAGCAAUAGUAUCAGUCUUCCUUUAUACUCAUUCAUUUUAAUGCCAACUGUAUUAGCAGUCAUUUUUCUAACACUAACAUGUGCCCUAUGGUUAUGUUUGUAUACAAGAUCAAAAAAAUAUUCAGUUCAUUGUUUGAUUAAUAUAAUAUUAGCUGGAAGUCAACGUUGUAGCAAUUCAGUCACCUUACAAUUCAUUUAG